GUGGACUUUGGAUGAUUUGAUUUUAGAAUUUUCCUAAGUUUUUAAGUGUUCUUCAAAAUGUUUUCUCCUUGCAGUAGGCAUUUGUUUUUAUCAGCACAGUUACGUCGAUUGCAAAGUACACUGGUUGUCGCUGAACACAAUAACGAGGUUCUAUCUCCAGUCACACAAAAUGCUAUAAGUGCAGCUAAGAAGAUCGGUGGUGAGCUUUCAGUACUUGUGGCAGGAACCAAAUGCGGACCAGCUGCUGAAUCUAUCGCAAAGGCGAGUGGUGUUUCUAAGGUUCUAGUAGCAGAAAGUGACGCUUUCAAGGGUUUUACAGCAGAAUCCCUAACACCCUUGAUACUUGCCACACAAAAGCAAUUUAAUUUCACACAUAUAUUGGCGCCUGCUACUGCUUUUGGAAAGGCAGUGUUGCCACGAGUAGCCGCCAAGUUGGAUGUGUCACCGAUCACUGAUAUUAUUGGAGUUAAGGAUGCAAACACCUUCAUCAGAACAAUUUAUGCAGGCAAUGCUGUCCUUACUUUGGAAGCUAAGGACCCAAUCAAGGUGAUAACUGUUCGAGGCACCGCAUUUCCUCCUGAACCCUUGGAGGGAGGGUCUGCAGGAGUGGAGAAAGCACCCGAAGGAGAUUACAACACUGACUUGGUACAGUUUGUUUCUCAAGAACUUACUAAGUCUGACCGGCCAGAGCUUACAAGUGCUAAGAAUAUUGUUUCCGGAGGUCGUGGUCUGAAGUCCGGCGAUAACUUCAAGCUGCUGUACGACCUAGCCGACAAGCUGAAUGCGGCUGUCGGUGCGUCCCGUGCGGCCGUCGACGCUGGCUUCGUGCCAAACGACCUGCAGAUCGGACAGACUGGCAAGAUUGUUGCACCUAACCUAUAUAUUGCUGUGGGCAUCAGCGGUGCUAUUCAACACUUGGCGGGUAUGAAAGACUCCAAGACCAUUGUUGCAAUCAACAAAGACCCCGAGGCGCCUAUCUUCCAGGUGUCGGACUAUGGACUGGUUGCUGAUUUGUUCAAGGCCGUCCCUGAGCUGACUUCCAAGUUGUGAACGAUACAAAUCACAAUCUAUCGCACAACUAUUUUGGUAUCACACUAUUCAAAACUUUUACAAUAAGAGAUUAUAUACCAUUGUUUGAACUUGUAAAUAAAGAUAUAUUUACAU